AUGCGCCGCUUAGCAACCGCACUGAACGACUCCCGCCGACUGCUCCGCUUCGUGGCAUCGGCCGCCGUCAUGCGCAACGUUCCGCUCGCAAAGUCAUCCGCGAAGUUGGGCACGGCCGUCACGAAGGAGGAGGUGGCGCAGGCGUUCAAAGUCCCUGCUCCCAUCCUCGACAAGACCUGCAGGCCGGCGGAGAUUCUGUUUGCGGAGGUUGACCUCGCGCGCGCCCGCUUCGCCCCACUCAUCGCAACACUCGACGCGGAGGAGGACAUUACGAAGGUCACGGCGGAGGUGAAGGCGGCGAAGUGCGGCAGCGGAGACGCUGCUGCUGCUCUUCAGCCCGUCGCUGGUGCGAAGGAGAAGUUCAAGACCACCGCGUGGACGAGCGUACGGCAGCUUUUGACGUUCUAUGAGGAGACGCUGCUGCCGGCGCGUGUGAAGUACGCGGAGUACAAGGUGCACGAGCUGAACAACUUCCACAUCAAGGACGACCUCAAGCGUGGUCUCUCCGCCUUCAAGCAGGACUACCUCGACAAGCAGAAGACAGAGCUCGUGAAGGUGCAGCAGAAGAUGCAGGAGUGCCAGGAGUUCAUCAAGGCCAUCGGCAAGUCCGCGUUCGACACGCUCAUCUUCAACGACAUAGCAAACAUUUUGCGCAUCUGCGGCGAGCGCAACCCGCACGCCCACCGCAUGGCGAUGCAGGUGCUGGAGGACAUGAACCUCCUCGGCGUCCCCUUCAACGACGCGACGGCGAAGCUGCUGCACGCAAUUGUCUUCAACGACGGCCCCAUCGACGACUCGGCGCUGAUGUUCACGCUGCUGGAGUACCCCGAGCGCGGCGAGGUGAGCGUCAGCCGCGAGGCGGUGGAGAAGAUCGCGGACGCAACGCUGCGCAUCAUCAGCGGCCGCCACCAGACGCCGCUGGACGACGGGCGGAUGUUGCGGCAGAGCGACACGCACCCGUGCCUGCAGCGCUCUGCCGAGUGA